UACAUUGAUGGGGUUUAAACCAGUUGAUUUAAUGACUGUUUCUGAUCAAGUGGGACUUUGUUUUGUAAGGAGCUGUAUUUUUUUCAAGUGGGUGGGGUGGGGACUAUCUUUUACUUCUUUAUUUUAUUUAUUUUAACUUUAUUAUUAUUAUUAGUAGUAGUAGUAUCAUUAGUAGUAGCAUUGAUGGGAUUUAAAAUGAACAGAUACAGUUUUAAUGGGGGAUUUUAUAUUUUUAUGGGAUGGAUUUUGUACACUGAUUUACUCAAAACCUUUCCUGUAAAAUUCACUUCCUCUCCAAACACAUACAAUAAUAAUGCCUGCAGCAACUGGUGCUUUCUAACAUCACUCUUUUUUUUAUAUAUAUAUAUUAAUAUUAUUUUUUUACAUAAAACUAUUUGCCAGAAAAGCAAACGUAAAGGUAACGCUUCUGAAUCUAUCAAUUUCAAUCACUCUUAAUCUUAGAGUACUUUUCUUCUUCUUCCUCCUCAAUUCCAACAACAAAAUCUCUUUUUACUUGUCUUAAUGAUCUUAAUUUACUUCACUUAACUUAACUUCACUCACUCAUUCAUUUAUUAAUUUCAUUUCCUCAAAAUCAAACUCAUUUUACAGUUUUAGUGUGUGUAUAUAUUAAAAUUUUUCAUUUUCCUCCUUUUUUUAUUUUUUUUAAUUAUUAUUUAUUUUCAGCUUUCCCUAAAUCUCUAUUCUUUUUCUUUUUCACUACCAAAGAAAAUAAAUAAAUAAAUAAAAUAAAAUAAAAAAGAACGAGGUAGAGAGAGAGAGAGAGAGAAAGAAGAAAAACCCCUUGUUUCUCACAAAAUUCAAAGAUUGUAUUAGAAGCAAAAAAAAAAAAUGAAAGAGAGAGGCAAAGCUUUGGAAGCUUACAACAGAAACGACAUGGAAUAUUACUCAACGACAUCGGAUAUGCCAUGCAAGAAGCAUCCUUCUUCUUCUUCUGUUGGGAUCUGCGCUUACUGUCUAAAAGAUCGCCUCGUGAAGUUGGUUUGCUCCGACUGCGGUGAACAGAGACUCUCUUCUUGCUCUUGUUCCGAGAUCUCCUCCAACAGAAACUCCUGCACCGUCGAGGUUGGGAGCGUUGGCCGAGUGUCGUUUCUGAUCGAGAAUGAACGAAGCGACGUGUCGUUUCCAAGUAAUCCCGUCAAGAACGACAACAGAAAGACCCAGGUGGGAAAAACAGAGGAGGGUCUGGUGCUGAGGAGGAGCAGCAGUAGCUGCGUUGAGAUCAAGCGAAGUGGGUUUUGGAGAUUUGGCAAGUUUUUCAACAAAAAGAGAAAGGAAAAAGAUUGUGGGAACAAAAGUGUUGGUGGGUUCGAUGACAAAAGUGAUUUAUGGCUUGUUGAUCAUCAUCAUCAUGGUGUUUCAAGAUCGAGAUCUUUGUGUAGUUUCAGGGGUGGAGGUGGUGGUGGUAAUGGGUGGUUCGGAUCAGAGGACGGUGGAGAUUUGAUGGUUUCCGGCGCCCGUAGCUCGAUUUCGGGUGCCCGGAGUUCGAGCGUUACAGCUUGUAUGGUUUUGGACUCGGGAAGACGAAGUGGGUUUAGUGAGGCAGAGCCGAGAAAGAGUGGUUUCGAUAGUGAAAAUUUGGUCUCUGAGUUCGGUAUGAGAAGAAUAGGCCUUGUGGAGGUUGAUAAUACUACUACUACUAAUAAUAAUAAUAGCUAUAACAAUGGUGGUUUUAAUGGUGGAGGGAUCAACAGACGUGUGUUCUCGCUUAAGGAGAGUGAUUUUAGUGGAAUGGAUGAUUCUGGUUUCAUUGAUUUGAAACUUGAUUAUUCUGCUGAGUCAAAUUCAAAGACUGAUCAUCAGUUUUCUUCUUCCUCGAUGAAAAUGGGUGUUAACAACGUAUCAGAUUCUGAUUCUGCUUUUGGGAGCAUGAGAAGGGGUAGUGAGUAUGGAAUCAAUGAAUAUGGAGACCCUUUUGGGAGUAGUGCCGCCAUGGGAGAUGGGAUUUUCAAUAGAGGAGGUUCUUGUAGGAUCACCGUUAAUGACACAGGAUUGAAGAAAGGGAGGAAGAGCUUGAAGGGUUGGCGAUGGAUUUUCAGGCAUCAACCUAGCUGGGGAAAUUCACGGAAGAAAGAUGAAGAUCUUAUGUUCAAAUCUUGAUAAAUUCCAAAAACAAAAACAACAACAAAAAUUGUAGUAGAAAUAAACAUGAGAAAGAGAAUAAGUUAAAUUUGUUUUAUUCAUAUUACAACAACAAUAUAAUUAUCUGUGUUCUUAUUCAUCUUCUACUUCUUGUUUUUUUUCCCACUUGUAACAAAACUACACACUCACUUUUUUUUCCUUUGAAGAAAUUCACUUCUCUAUUUAGUUUUUC